GCCAACGCAAACGCACACACAUUCCGGCCGGGCCGCCCUCAAUCUCAAACACAAACGCAAUCGCUGCUGCUGCACAACGAACAAACGGCAGAACCCAGGAGAAAGAGUCAGACCGACAGACAGCACUGUGGCACUGCACCCGCAACCAACCAAGCAGAGCAGAUCAGACCAACGACGACAGCAGCGGCGAGGCACAGAUUGUGUGUGUAUGGCCUUGGCCGUUGUGCUUGUGCGUGAGUCAGUGAGCCAGUGAGUGGCCUUUUGUUCAGGCAGCACCACCAGCACCCCAAUCACCAUCAUGGCUGACAAGAAAAAACCGUCAACCGCAGCAGAGCGCAAGAAGAAGCUGCAGGAAGCCGAGGUCGCCUUGAAGCAGAAGCUUCAAGACAAGACGUCAUCCAAGACCACCAAGACCAAGUCAAAGACCGGCACGCCCAGCAAGACAAGCACCACAAAGUCAAGCGCGUCCCGCUCAGCAACAAAGACCAGACGAUCGAGUAUCCCCACGUCAUCAACGGCGUCGCCGGCUGCUUCUUCACGCCGCACCACAUCAUCAACAUCGUCGCCAUCUUCAUCGUCAGCAUCAACAUCCCGCCCAAAGAGUUCAACCGCGCGCGGUGCCCGCACCUCCUCCUCCUCCUCCUCCUCCUCGUCAGCCACGCCAAGCGGCAAGGCGACGCGCCAAUCCAAGACGGCAGCGGGCGCAGCGCGAACACCGGCCUCUGCAUCCAAGACUGGCACAGGGAGGAGCACGCGGACGGGGCGUGUAAGCAGCAGUGGCAGCAGCACGGCCACACCCACACGCAUUGCGCGGGCAAGCACGGGCGCGGCUGGGAAGCGGCCAUCGUCAGCAACGAGCAGCAAGGCGAGGACAGGCACCACAGCCAGCAGGACCAAGACCCGGCCGGCAUCCAAGACAUCGCCCACAGGCAAGGUGGCAAAGGCAAAGACAGCCAAGACGGCGACAGCAGCAGGAGCGAAGAAGACAACGGAGGGUGCGAAGAAGAAGCCUGCAGCCAAAUCGCCAAAGUCAAACGCGACCACCGGUGCAGCCAAGAGGGCAAAGAAGGAGCAAGCAAAGGCGGAGGAAGAGCAAGAAGAGCAGGACGUGGCUGCACCCGUUGCAGUUGCAGAUGAAGUGGGGGCAGAGGACGCAAGUGAUGGCGAGAGCGUGCACGCAGCAAGCGUUGAUGCAGCACAAGAGGGAGAAAGGGAACAGGACGAGGAUGCUGAGUCAGCACAAAUGGAUGAAGGUGAUGAUGAUGGUGAAGAGGCGAGGGAGGACGUUCGUGAUGAUGAUGAUGAUGAUGAUGAUGAUGAUGAUGAUGAUGGCGCUGCCACUGCCGUUGUUGAUGCUAAUAAUGACGACGAGCAAGGUGCAGCAGACCAGGAUGCAGUGGAUGGCAAUAAUGAUGAUGAUGAUGACGACGACGACUCGAACAGCGUGCUGAGUGCGAGCGGGCGGCUUGAGGUCGGCGCGCUGCAGGCUGUGAAGCGGCUGACACAGAAGAAGGCCAUUCGCAGGCGCACAGAGUCCAGUGACCCGCUCACCCCAAUUGCUGACGACGAGCACUGGCUGGAGGCAGCAAAACGGCGUGAGGCAGAGAAGGCUGCUGCUGAGCGGCGGCGGCAGGAGGAAGAGGAGGAGCGACUGGCCGAGCAACGCCUCCUCGACGCCGAACGGCGUAUGCAGCAGGAGGACGAGGAAUUUCUCAAGCAAGCAGAGGAGAAGCGAAAGAAGCAGCUUGAGCUUGAGGCGCGCCGUGCAGAGAACGCGGCCGCCCGCCGCCGCCACCUGGAGCUGCUGGCUGAGCAGGGCAAACGCGAGGCCGCAGCAGAGCAGGAGCGACGGCUCAACACGCCCGAGGCCAUUGAGAAGCGCCGCAUGCGCGAGCAGAAGCAGGCCGAGCGCCGCGCACGCAAGGCGCGGCUCGCGACGAUUAUGAGCGGCCUGAAGAAGGCGAAGAAUGAAGGAUCGCACUCGCUCGGCCUCGACUCAAGCGCCCUCUCCUCAAUCUCAGGCCAAUCGACCACGUCCAUCAGCCCGACAGAGUCUGAGGCUUUGUCGCCCGUGUUUGAGGGCGGCAGUCUGGCAUCAUCAACAGCAGCGCCGCCACACGCCCAACAACAGCAGGAGGAGGAGGUGGUGGAGGAGAAACACCCACAGGUGCAGGAGGCUGGUGAAGAGGAGCAGGCGGAAGUGAAGGAGGAGACGGUGCAGCAAGAAGCGCCAGCAACAGCGGAGACAGAGGGAGAGCAGCAGGAAGAAGAGGAGGAAGAGAAGGGGCAAGAGGAAGAGAAGGGGCAGGAGGAGGUGAGUGCAGUCGAGGCUGCGGUUGACGAAGAAACGGGACAGGAGAAGGAGGAGGAAGCGGCGGUCGUGCACACACAGGAGGACGCACAACAGCAAGAAGAGGAGGAGGAGGAGGAAGAGGAAGCAGUGAUGCAGCCAGUGGAGGCGGAGGACACUGAAGCCCCACAAGUGGAGGCAGAGCAGCAGCAAGAACAAGAGGAGCAAGAGGAGGAAGCAACAACAGCUGCUGUUGCUGCAGAUGAGCAAGAACAAGGCACAGGUGCAGAGGAAGAAGAAGAAGAAGAGGCGCCGGCCGCUGCUGAAGAGGCGCCGGCUGUUGCGGACAAGGAAGAAGAGGAACGGGUGAUGUAUGGGGAGGAAGUGGAGGAUACGCCAGCCGCCACUGAGACCACCCCUGAGCCAAGUGCUGAGGAGGGCGUGGUGGAGGCGCCAGCCCAAGAGGACGAAGAACAGCAGGAGGAGGAGGCAGCGGCAGCAGUAGAGCAAGCUGCUGUGGAAGAAGAACCACCAAAGAGCGAUGCUGAUGAGGCACAACAGCAGGAGGAGGAGCCGGAAGAGAAGGAGGAGAAGGGACUAGCAGAAGGCACGACAGCAGGCCAGGAGCAGCAGCAGGAGCAGCCGGUGUCUGAAGGUGCUGCGGACACGAGGCCGGCAAAGGAGGAAGAACAGGAACAAGAAGAAGAAGAAGCAGCAGCAGCAGCGGAGCAGAAGGAACAGGAGGAGGAGGAGGAGGAGGAGGAGGGAGAGGAAGCGACGGUGCCAGAAGAAGAGCAACAGCAACGGCAACAGCAAGAGGAACAAACACAAGAAGAACCAGUACAAGCACAACAUGAGGAGACGGCGGUGCCUCCAGCAAGUGUUGCCGUUGAACACGACCACCCCCAGGCUGAGGAAGCCACCGCCGCCCCUACACCACAGCAACAACAACAACAGGAGCAGGAGCCUGCACAGGUCCGCGGCGACAGUGGCGUGUCGUUUCGACCAAGCGUGCUGUCGCCGGCGGCGCCCACCCGGCCCGUGCGCCGCGUGACACAGCCGCAGCAGGCGUUACACAACGUGACGCAAUCCCAGCCGCUGCCCCACGAUGCCUUGUGGGAGGAUUUCGAGAAGAUGAUGCUUGCGAGCGGCAUGAAGCUGCAAGAUCCAGCGCUCAGGCACUCUGACUGGUCCCAGAUUGAACGACUUGCAUCCGCACAAACCCCAGCUUCCUCCUCAUCCGCAGCAUAAUCGCAAUCCAUGUCACAAGUACAUACAUACAUAGCUUCUUUUUUGUGUGUGUGUGUGUGUUUGCUUCUUUGUCGGUGCUUUUCGUCUGCUUUGCGUUUGCUUUCACGACUGCACGUUACACAUUACACAUUGCACAUUUCACUGCGCUGCUGUCUGUCUCUUGUUGUGAUGAUCCCUUGUCCCUGAUUAGUUGUCCCCCC